AUGUCAAGCUUGAUGUGGAAGAGCUUCAACCUCUGUUUCUCCAAAUUCAAGUGCUUUCCCUCAAUCGCUUUUUCCCCACCGCCGCCAGCCAUUGACGAGCUCGACCAGGACCCCCGUUUUUCCGACGCCGGCGGCAACAACAAUCCAUCAAUUUUCAAGAAUUUCAACUCCUUAUACGACGCCAACUCCUGCUGCGCCUCCUCCGACCACCUCUCCAAGUCCCUCACCUUCUCCACCACCACCACCGCCGCCGCCGGCGCCGCCACGGACGACUUCCUCUCCUCCUCCGACGACGACGGCGACUCCGGCGACGACCCCCUGCCGGACUUCACCUCCGCGUUCGCCUCCAACCGAUUCUUCCUCUCUUCCCCUGGCCGCUCCAACUCCAUCUUCGACCGCCCGCCGCCGCCGGCGGCGGAGGACGGCUCCGGCGCGGUGGUUGGCGGCGGCGUGGCCGUAGACACGUACUCACCGGAUCCGUACGCAGAUUUCCGGAGAUCGAUGGUGGAGAUGAUCGAGGCCCGCAAUUAUAAGGCCGAUUGGGAGUUUCUGAAUGAGCUGCUCUUGUGCUAUCUGUCGUUGAAUCCCAAGCACGCGCACAAAUACAUUGUCGAAGCUUUUUCCGACGUCGUCGUUUCGCUCGUGUUGCCGGCACCGGCGGCGGCUGACGGCGGUUGCGGUAGAAACCAGCAGCUGCGGCGUAGUGCCACGUUGGAUUCGUCGGUUUGA